CGUGGCAGACUAAGCCGCUCCUCUCUCCCGCCCCUCCUCCUCCCUUUCCCACCCCUCGGAGCGAAGCAGCACAUGCGGCUGCUCCCAGCUCCGUCCCACCCAACCUCGGUCGCGCAGGAACUGGUCCCUGCAGCCCCCAACCGAUGGCAGGACAGUAGGCGCUUGUCAAGGGUCGUGAACGACUGAGGCAGACGUAGCAGCUCCUGGGACUCAAAGAGUGGGUGUCUGCGGAGGCCAUGGGCUACCCUGAGGUGGAGCACAGGGAACCCCUGCCUGCCACAGCGCGGCUGGAGCCGGGAAGCCAGGGCUGUGUCUGUCGCGGGGCCCCUGCCCGGGCGAGCGAAGGGAACAGCUGCCGGCUCUUCAUGGGCUUCUUUGGCCUCUCGCUGGCGCUCCACCUGCUGACGUUGUGCUGCUACCUAGAGUUGCGCUCAGAGUUGCGGCGGGAACGCGGAGUCGAGUCCCGCCUUGGCGGCCCUGGCACCACUGGCACCUCUGGCACUCUAAUCAGCUCCAGUGGCCUCGACGCUGAUGGUUCCAUCACCCGCAACUUUGGGCAAUCGUCACCUCAACAGCAGCAGCUGGGACCAGGGGAAUCCACAGUCACUCAAGAAUCCCAGGACAGUCAUCAGAUGGCCCUUUUGAAUUUCUUCUUUCCUGAAGAAAAAUCCUACUCUGAAGAGGGAAGUAGACAUAUUCACCGCAAUAAAAGAAGCAAAGGAAGUGAAGGAACAGAUGGUCCAGUCAAGAACAAGAAAAAAGGAAAGAAGGCAGGACCUCCUGGACCCAAUGGCCCCCCAGGACCUCCAGGACCUCCAGGACCCCAGGGACCCCCAGGUAUUCCAGGAAUUCCAGGAAUACCUGGAACAACUGUUAUGGGACCACCUGGUCCUCCGGGUCCUCCUGGUCCUCAAGGACCCCCUGGCAUCCAGGGACCUUCUGGUACUACUGAUAAAGCAGGGACUCGAGAAAAUCAGCCAGCUGUGGUGCAUCUACAGGGACAAGGGUCAGCGAUUCAAGUCAAAAAUGAUCUUUCAGGUGGAGUGCUCAACGACUGGUCUCGCAUCACUAUGAACCCUAAAGUGUUUAAGCUGCAUCCCCGAAGCGGGGAGCUGGAGGUACUGGUGGACGGCACCUACUUCAUCUAUAGUCAGGUAGAAGUAUACUACAUCAACUUCACUGACUUUGCCAGUUAUGAGGUGGUGGUUGAUGAGAAGCCCUUCCUGCAAUGCACCCGCAGUAUUGAAACAGGCAAGACCAACUACAACACUUGUUACACCGCUGGCGUCUGCCUUCUUAAAGCCCGGCAGAAGAUUGCUGUGAAGAUGGUACAUGCUGACAUCUCUAUCAACAUGAGCAAGCACACCACCUUUUUUGGGGCCAUCAGGCUGGGCGAGGCUCCUGCAUCCUAGAUUUCUCCCAUUUGGCCCUACUCAUACCCCUACCCCAGGUUUGGGAACCAGGACUCCCAGAACCUCUAAGUGCUGCUGUGGAGUGAGGUAUAUUGAUAUUGCAGUUGCAGAGAGAAAUCUCCCAGUGCUAUUUAUAUACAAAGAUUUCAGGAUCAUAAGUCCUCCUUGACUUUCCAAAGUAACAUUGAUCUAACAGGACAGUCAUGGAGCCCUAGGGUUUACACGAAGCAGAGCCUCCUUCUGCUCCAUGUUAACUGGCUUAUAACAUGACUCCUCAACCCCAAAGUCCCUAUCUUCAAAGUUAUCAUUUGUUGCACUAAAAUAGGGGUCCAGGAUAGUAAGUAAAAGGAAACAAAAGUCUCUCCAGACUCUGGGAGUGGACAUAUGUUCCCAAGGGGACUGCUUCUCCUCUCUUGGGUGGGGGUAAGGGAGUUGGGAUGGGAAGUGUGGCGUAAGAAGAUGGGCAGGAAGAGGAAAGGCAGGUGCUUGUGACAAACAGAGAGUGGUCAAGGGAGAAACCUAACUGCUGAGCAUCCUUAGAAAUGGAAGCAUUUUCACUGCUUUGUGCUGUAGCCAGAAGAAGGGUCAGAAGGCUUUUCACAUUCUGUCUGAGAGUUUCCAAAGCUUCCUGUGCUUUGGGGAUAGGAGGUUUGCCCUCCCUUGGAACAAUUACAGGAAAUAGCUACAAAGUUGCCUGGUAAGAACUUGAAGCCAGAUUUGAGGCCACAUGUCAUAUCUUUCAUUUUUUUACAGCUGAUUCCAUGCUCAGAAAACUCCCUAGGUUCCCUCUUGAUGCUGUCCUUGACAGUCUUACUAGAAUUCCUGACUUAUUUCCCCCCACAGAGUCUACCUCUGUCUGAGACAGGUGCCUCACCUGGAACCUGUGCUUAUGUGAACUUAGGAUAUACUUUAGAUUACCUGGGUGCAAAGAGAAUUUUCCAUUUAUGAAGCAACACAAGUAUUAAUUUGAUCAAGUUGUAUCUGGAAGUUAAGCAUUGGAUUGGGAAACCUCCAGAAAUGCAUAGAUGGUUGUCAAAGAGCCUACUAGUCUCCACACUGUAGACUAUUCCUGGACAUACAUAGUAGAAAAAGACACAGCUUCUCUACCUAACACAGGGCAGGAUGUAGAGAUAAGACCGGGGUCGUAUAUUUUUUCAAUGCAGCUGCAUCUCAAGUGGUUAUUAGCCCAGCAGCUGACACCUUACUGGCCCACCCUCUCCUCACUCUAUCCUUUGAAAGCUAUGGUUGGGCACAGUCAUCAUAGAUUCCAGUGAUACUCCACUGAAUACAGACUUAGGGGAAGCCAAUGUCUAGGCAUUGGGCAGGGCUCUGUCCUCUAGUCCGAUAUAAAGACAUCGCCUCCACCCUAAUGUUCUCAUUGGAUCAGAUGUUGUGAUCAUCCAAGAGCCUGAUUUCUGGGGUACUAUGUAUAUCCCAUAGCUAAGAAGAUCAUCCUUGUAAAGGCUGUUACUCUUGUUCCAGAGACAAGUAUCCUUGUGAGAAGAUUAGGAUUAAAUUACUUCAGACACCUUAAAUGCACCAAAAACAGCAGGCACUACUUCUUAGCUGUGCCUCCUAUAUCUAAACAACUAUACUGUUUGAUCUUCCCAGGGUCAAGGAAAGAGACAGCUGGCUAGAUCACCAUUGUCUGUCUGAUUAUUAAGGAUAGUCUGAAAUCCCCAGUGAGGCAUAUUGGAUGUGUGUCUAGCCUCAAGUAAUAUAAUGGGGUCAAUACAAUCCUAAGUUAUAGCAGGAACUGAUAAGAGCCUCACCCUCAAGCUUUGAAACCGCUUUCUUAUUACACCCUUUGGUAAUAUUAUAAAUUCCAUUUAUAAUAUGGAUAUACAUCAUCCAUUGCUUAGAUGAGGCUUAGAGAGAUUAACUGCUUUGACUAGGAUCUCACCCAGCUUAAAUUCUACACCUAGGGCUCCAACCAGGUCUGACUUCAAAGCUAUUCCAUUAUAUUAUAAGAUUAGGUUUAACCAGGGGUCUUAAAAAAAUCAGUGAAGAUGGUAUCAAUCCUUUAUAUCCCUAAAGAGAAACCCAAAGAUUCUCAUUUUCCACUCUGCUGGUAAUACCUGUUCUCCUGACUUCCAGGGACUAUAUGGUAAAACAAAAGUAAACUUUCUUUGGGAAACUUUCUUUCAGAAGAAUUCUCUUGGCAUUAUGUCCAAGCAGCAGAAAACUGACUCCCCACAUGUUCUUUAACCUCCACAAUUAACCAACUUUGGUACAGGUCCUCUAAGUGGACUGGGUCCUCCUUGCCUUACACCUAAAGACAGGUUAUAGGAGUUGGCUACUUCCCACACCUACUAAUCAAUAUCAUAUCUUCUUUCACCAAACCACAGAGAGUUUUAUAUUUCUUUAGGAUAGAGGUAUUACCUCAGAGAGAACUUGGUUCUAAUACCAAAAGGGUGUGAAGAAGUGGAAAUGAAAAGGCUUCCUAAUUGUGCCCUAAGGAUAUUCCAACACCCAACCUAUCAUUCAGAUAUGGGGAAAUAGAAUUCACAAAGGAAUAUUUAUUCAUCAUGAACCCUCAAAAAUAAUUCUCAAAAAUGAGGAAGUGGGUAAGGGUAGUAAGAGAGUGUUGUUGCAGCAAAGUUCUUAGCAAACUGGUAAAGUAAUCAACUACUAAAAAAUAAUAAUAAGGAAAUUAAAUUGAUUUAUAAUGUGGAGACUUAUGAUGGGCAAUAGAACAAAGACAUUUAUAAGGCAGCAGGUGACAGUUUUGAAGGAAAAUUGCAUAGCAUGGCCCUUUGCCAAUUUGGGCUUUGACAGCUAAAGCUGGCCCAAAAAACAGCUAUCAGGACUGCUUAGCUACCAAUUUUAUGCCAAAUGUCAUCUUUGCCUUAUUUCCCCCUUCAUCUAUCCUGAGCCAAAUUUAUUUUACUGAUCAAGAAAGAGUUAGGAACCUUGGAGAUGAACAAAGACUGUAUGUCUCUUUUAUGUAACUUCUGGUAUAUUCAUAUAAAUACAGAGAAAUUUAAAGGAAAUCUAGUUUAAGUAUAUACUUGAUCCCCAGGUUACUCAUAUAGAAAUUGAAGUCCAGAGAGGGAAAGUCACCUGCCCGAGGUGCUGAACAAAUCUCAACCUCUGGACUCAGUAAGUGAGGAGUUAGAACAGUCCAUAUCAAUGCUGUCCCCUUCUUUUUUCCAUACACAGACUCAAAGCUGCAAACACAUGUCCCCCUUUAGGAGCCUGGUCAGGCAGGGAGAGAGUAACUGCAGUCUUCAUCAGAACUAGUCAUAUCCCAACUCCUGCCUCUGGACUGUCUCAGUACCAUGAAACCCUGCCUCAGGCCCCAUCCCAUCCCUGCCUGGAGGCUCCCUUAGGUCCUGUGAACACAUAGGAGGAGCUGGAUAUUUUUUUCCUUUUAAUCUACUUCAGGGAUCUCUUGGAGAGGAGUUGGGCAUAUGCUAAUUCUUGAUUCAAAAAGCUUCCAUUUGGGGUGGGGAAUGAACUUUAUUGUGAUGGCCUGGAACAGGCCCAAUGCUGCUUUGGGGGUCAGCAUCAGUGUGAAAUACUGUGUAUAUAAACUAUACAUAAUGUAUAUAAACUGGGGUGUAAGUUUGUGUAAAUUAAUGGUUUAUUCUUUGCAAAUAAAGCUUUUCCC